CCGUGAUUUCGGAUACAAGCAGCAGAGGAGACACUGUCGUUCACGAUGAAGAUUUCAGGCCGCACCUUUGUGAUAUCAGGCGGCGCAUCCGGCCUCGGACGUGCAACAGCUCUCGAGCUCGCCCAGCAUGGAGGGAAUAUCUCCAUCCUUGACCUGAACGAGGACGCCGGCGCUGAGCUUGUGAAGCAGCUGGGCGGCGAAUCGCGGGCCAAGUUCUUCCCCGUCGACGUGACAGACACAGAGAGCAUAGCAGCGGCCGUGGAGGGGACGGCGCAGUGGGUGAGCAAGACGGGCGCCCCGCUGGGCGGCAUCAUACCGGCCGCCGGCGUUGGCAAUCCAGGCCUGAUCCUCGACGGCAAGCACAGGCCGCUCUCGCUGCAGUCCAUCGACUUCGUCCUCAACAUUAACCUGCGCGGCACCCUCGACGUGCUCCGGCAGUUCCUCCCACUCCUUGCGCAAAGCCCGGCCUCGCCCACGGCCCACGGUGACCCCGAGCGCGGUGUUGUCGUCAUGGUCGCCUCCGCCGCCGCUUUCGACGGCCAGAUGGGCCAGACGGCCUACGCCGCCUCCAAGGGCGCUGUCGCGAGCAUGACCCUGCCCUUGACGCGGGACCUGUCGCGGUUCGGGAUCCGCGUGCUCACCAUCGCCCCCGGAACGUUCGAGACGCCCAUGACAGCCAUGAUGAGCGAUAAGGUCAGGACGAGUCUCGAGAAGAGCAUGGAGUUUCCUAAGCGAGGCGGCACGGGGGAGGAGUUCGCGGCACUGGUCAGAAGCUGUGUGGAGAAUGUCAUGCUGAACGGGACCGUGAUCAGGUUGGACGGAGGCGCGAGGAUGCCGAGCCGGUUGUAAUGCUGGAUGAUCCAUCAUAGAGAUUGCUAGAGAUAAACAAAAUAUACCCCGUACCUUGCUGU